GUAAUGGGAUGUGUGUCCAAGAUCAGGAGGGAUGAGGUGUGAGAUGAAGACGCUCUGCAGACUGGUGCAUAGAGCGCAUGCAGGAGCUGCGUUCUGUCAUCAGGUACAUCUGUCUGUAUGCAGACUUCAGGAGAGGAGCAUGGCUGAAAGUAGACUGCGGAGAGACCUAAAGAGACACCCCCAGUGCUUGGAUUAUGGACCACCCUUCCGUCCUCCUCUCCACCUGGAGUUUUGCUCUGACUAUGACUCCUUCGGCUGCUGUGAUCAGCGCAAGGACCACCGCAUCGCUGCCCGGUACUGGGACAUCAUGAACUUCUUUGACCUGAAGGGCCAUGAACUGUGUGGAGGGUACAUUAAAGACAUCCUUUGUCAGGAGUGCUCUCCUUACGCAGCCCACCUCUACGAUGCUGAGAACCCUCAGACCCCGCUCAGGAACCUCCCGGGCCUCUGCUCUGACUACUGCUCCGCCUUCCAUCACAGCUGCCACUCUGCCAUCUCCCUGCUAACCAGUGACCGCAGCCUCCACGAGUCCCAGGAGAAAGAUGGCGCUCGCUUCUGCCACCUCCUCAACCUUCCCGAUGAGGACUAUUGCUUCCCCAACGUCCUGAGGAACAGUCAGCUCAACCGCAACCUGGGAGUGGUGGCUGAGGACCACAAGGGCUGCCUGCAGCUCUGCCUGGCCGAGGUGGCCAAUGGGCUGAGGAACCCGGUGGCCAUGGUGCAUGCUGGGGACGGCACCCAUCGCUUCUUUGUUGCUGAGCAGGUAGGAGUGGUGUGGAUCUUCCUGCCUGAUGGGAGUCGCCUGGAACAGCCCUUCCUGGACCUCAAGAGCAUGGUGCUGACCACGCCCUGGAUUGGCGAUGAGAGAGGGUUCUUGGGGCUGGCUUUUCAUCCCAGAUUCCGCCGCAAUCGCAAGUUUUACAUUUAUUAUUCAUGCCUGGGCAAGAGGAAGGUGGAGAAAAUCCGGAUAAGUGAGAUGAAGGUUUCUCUGUCUGACCCUAACAAAGCAGACCCCAAAUCAGAGAGGGUCAUCUUGGAGAUAGAUGAACCAGCCUCAAACCACAAUGGUGGACAGCUUCUCUUUGGCCUGGAUGGCUAUCUCUACAUAUUCACUGGGGAUGGAGGGCAGGCCGGGGAUCCCUUUGGCAAGUUUGGAAAUGCUCAGAACAAAAGUUCUCUGCUGGGGAAAGUGCUGAGGAUUGGUGUCAAUGGGGCUGGCGUGGAUGGCCAGCGAUACCAAGUGCCCCCGGACAAUCCCUUUGUUUCUGAGCCAGAUGACAUUCUGCCCAUCUAUGCUUAUGGCCAUGAUGUGGGAAAGUCGGUCACUGGAGGGUAUGUCUACCGUGGGUGUGAAUCCCCCAAUCUCAAUGGCCUCUACAUCUUUGGGGACUUCAUGAGUGGUCGACUUAUGGCUUUGCAGGAAGAUAGGAAAACCAAGAGAUGGAGGAAGCAAGACAUCUGCCUGGGCAACGCGUCCUGUGCCUUCCCGGGCUUGAUCAGCACCUACAACAAGUUCAUCAUCUCCUUCGCUGAAGAUGAAGCAGGGGAGCUGUAUUUCCUGGCCACCUCCUACCCAAGUGCCUAUGCUCCACAUGGAUCUAUUUACAAAUUUGUCGACCCCUCAAGGCGAGCCCCACCAGGCAAGUGCAGAUUUAAGCCAGUGCCGGUGAAAACCAAAACCAAGAAGAUCCGGUUCCGGCCACUUGUCACCACGGUUUUGGACUUGCUGAAGGAGGAGUCUCAGAAAGCAGCUCCAAGACCAUCCAAUGCAACCUUAGCUUCUGGCUCAGACCAGGCUGCAUCUCAGAAGGGCUCCCCCACGAAGCCAAUUUCUCCCACAAGCAGAAAGAAAACAUCGAGAGGGCCUGGUACCAAGAAGAGAGGCAGAGCGUGGUCCCCAGGUCCCCAGGGCAAGAGGAAGCAGAAUCUCCAUACCAGAAGUGCUGGGCUCAGGCAGGUGGCACAGCAGAAGUCCCCAGGCAGAAGCCAAUAGUGACCUCUCUGUCAAGUUGGCUGAGGAGACCAGAAGGCCUCACAAAGUGGAAGUUGCUACUGGCUGCUGAGGGUGGGUCUUGGAUAGUCAGGAAGCCUGGGUGGAGGUGGGCAGAGCUUGACUCCAGUGUGUGUGGUCUGUCUGUCUACUGAAAUCUUGCUGUCUACUGAAGACACACAGGAGCCUGUCUGUGGGCGGCAUUGCUGUGGGGAGACCACAGCCCACAUGACCCACAUGUGUAAGCUGGCUUACACAUGCUCUUGCGUGCAUACCUGCCUGGAAUCCCAUCCAACAUCCCUUCAACCUGGGGAGUAAAUCAGCUUUAGCUUACAUCCUUUGAUCUCAGUGUUGGGCAAUGGGAAAUCCAGCAUGUUCCAGCCAGCUAGCCUAACCAGCCCACUCCACUCUCCUGUUGCCGGUGAGUGAUUGGCUCCUAAGUGAGCCUUCUGGAAGAUGGAUGGCCCAUUUCCUUCCUCCAGACAGAAGCCCACGCACUGAGGACAAGCAGGCUCAGCUCUGAUCCUCCAGCACACAUUGUCUGGGGCUCAGCCAAUGGUUAAUAAACACAGCUGCAUUUCGUUUGGGGGUCCUCUGA